UGCUAUAUUUAAACAGAAACAGUUGCACUGUGGUUAAAUGACUUGACGUGAACACUGACGUCUUUUAUCUGUAAUAACUCGUGCAGCAUCGGCGGUUACGGAACCUUCCGGAACGUAAUAACACUCGCAAACAUCCUCAGACUCUUUAACCCUGAUCUUGUGGGUCCGGCUCGGAGCAGAACCGUGCACGGUACCCCGGCUCCGCUCAGUGAGACGGGUUUGAAUCUGGCCGUGUCGGGACACAACACCUUUAAUCUUCCUGGACAGACUCGGCAUUUGAUCGACACCCUGAAGACGUUCGAGGACAUUAACUUCGAUGAGGACUGGAAACUGCUGACGGUUCUCAUCGGCAUGAACGAUAUCUGUGAUUACUGCAAGGACAAGUCGCUGUUCUCCGUGGAGAACUUCAUCCACUACAUGGCCACGUCCUUGGAGAUGCUGAUGAACGAGGUUCCUCGAAUGAUCGUGAACGUGGUUCAGAUUUUACCCAUGGAGACGCUGAGGGAGGUGCAGAAGCCCACGCCUGGCUGUCUACUCCAGAGGUCCUUCUGCUCGUGUCUGGUGAAGCCAGCCUCGGACUCUGCUGAGCUUAAAGAGCUGAUUGACAUCAACCUCCAGUUCCAGAAAGCUCUAGAGCAGCUUCUCCGUACUGACCGGUUCUUUAAAAGCGACUUCGCUGUGGUUCUUCAGCCGUUUCUGAAACACGCAGACCCUCCACGACUUCCUAACGGGAAGAUUGACAUGAGCUUCUUCACCCCGGACUGUUUCCACUUCACCAUUAAAGGACACGAAGAGCUGGCCAAGGGUCUCUGGAACAACAUGUUCCAGCCUGAAGGGGAGAAGUUUAUGGUUGAGAGUUUUUCGACCCCGAUUCAGCUCAUGUGUCCUCCUCCGGACCACCCGUACAUCUACACCAAGCCGAGUGCUGUGAGGAGUGACGCGUCUGUACCUGCAGGAGCUCGGCUCACCGCGCUCCUCUUCCGCUCCGCGCUCGUGUCGUUCCUUUUCUCCUGCUAGACGUGGACCCCUACCGAACCCUGCAGCAUGAAGCAUCAUAUCCCUUCCCCCUGCAGUACUGUACUAAUCCCCCAACAUUUCAUACCGUGAACCCUGAAAUAUCGGCAAUGACGCGCUAAGGCACCAAAAUCACGAGAAAAGACAUUGUUCAUAAAAGUAAUGGCACCCCUCUACUACCAUGUCCAGCCACAAUUGGCCACUAUUUGCUACCUGAUGUCUUAGUGUAUCAUCAGAGCGUACAUGCAGGGAUAAAGGAAGGAGGCUGGAUAAGUAGGCGGAGCCAGAUCACGCAGGGAAACUCCCCCAUGAACGAUUUGCAUAUUAAUCUUUCAAUAUAACAACAGUGUUCAAGAUUUUUUUUUUUUUUCGAGUUCUUUCAUCAUGUCGGUCUGUUUUCAUUUCUUCGGUUGACAGUGACAGCCAUUACCCACAAUGCCGUUCGACUACCUGCUGGGUGGGCUUUAGCUUCAUCUCUCGCUUCAUCUCUGCCUAGAGAAAGCGAUGCGGCUGCGCUUUAGUCUGCCAACUGUACACUCUGCUCAAGUACAUCAGCUUCCAAAGCUUUCAUGCUGACACCGUCUCGGUCGUUAUCUCGCAGACGUCUCAUUAGCCGAGACGAGUCUCCGCGUCGUCCAGCUGCUUCGCGUUCUGAGCAAAACCCGACAGAGAAGCCUGAGCGUUACUACUUAUGUCUGAGAUUGCUGAAAUGAGUUUCUCCCACUAAACUCCAUUGUACCUGCGCUAGCAAUAACAAUAAUAAUAAUAACAAUAAUAAUAAAAACAAUAACAAUAAUAAUAACAAUGUCUCUUUGUGACAUCAGAUUAUCACCAGGAUCACUGGUUACUUCACAAAUAUUUCUGUAUAAUUCUGUAUAAUAUAUUUACUGUGUUUCUGAGUGGAAUUGAACUCUUAAGACAAUCUGAGCAUCCUUCAGACCUGAAUAA